UCAAAGGUUUCCUGCUGCGCAAUCGGGAGCAGCCACUAUCAGUUGCAAAGAUGCGUGUACCACGAUCAGUUGGUUCCUGGUCAAUCCUGCCGUCGCUACUGGUGCUGGGUAUUUGUUUGGGGCCUGUGCUUGGUUCUUCCAGCUGUAGCCGAGUGUACGACAGUAAUGUUCAGUGUGGUUUGCCCGUGUUGCAUCCUUCCGGUCUGCCGAAACAUUCCUCCGAAGCGUUGCGUGGUGAAUUUCCGUGGCAUGUAGCUAUCUUCCAGAUUGAGUACCGCAUCCCGGUGUAUAGUUGUGGAGGAUCACUCGUCAGCAACCGGUACCUGCUGACCGCGGCUCAUUGUGUGGUUAAUCCGAAUAAUGGUUACACACUGAGCCCGGAUAACUUCCUGCUGCAGAUGGGUUACCAUGAGUUAGGUUUGGCAGUGGAAGGAUGUAGCCAGCAGAUGGGUGUGAAACGGGUUUACGUGCAUCCAGAGUUCCGUACCGGUACAUACCGUCAUGAUUUAGCCAUUAUCGAGCUGGAACGACCGGUGCAAUUCAAUGACCGCGUGCUCCCGGUGUGUUUGGAUACGGAGGAAGAAGAUCCGUCUUCGUUUUACAGACAGAUGGGCAAAGUUCCAGGUUGGGGCUAUACUGAGUUUGACGAAGUGUCCACCGAAUUACGCAUGACCGAAGUGCCGACCGUCAACUACACGCGCUGUCUCGCAAGCAAUACACAGGUGUUUUCCAACACAAUCUACGACGGGAUGUUCUGUGCUGGGUACGCCAAUGGAACGAACGUGUGCAACGGUGAUUCUGGUGGUGGUUUCGUCACCUAUCGGAACGCACGUUGGGAGCUGCAAGGGAUCGUGUCUUUUACCGCUUUGCGUGACACAGAAAUGACCGUCUGCGAUACGCAGCAGUACGCCGCGUUUGUCAAGUUGCGCUACUAUAGAGGCUGGAUCGGAAGUGUGCUGGAUGGUACGUGGCAGUGGUCUAAAAGUGAGAAGUUGGUACAAUUAGACGACGAGCAACCGGCGGAGAUGCCUACCGACUGUGGUAAGCGCAAGAUCAACAAGAUGCCACUGAUCGUGAACGGUGUGCGUAGUAUGGCUGGCGAAUGGCCCUGGCAUGCGGCCAUCUUUGUGGUGUCGAAACGUUCGCGUGACUAUCUCUGCGGUGGGACGCUCAUCAGUCGGCGGUACAUCUUGACGGCGGCCAGCUGUGUCACCGAUUGGCACUACCGGAAGCGACCGUACAUCGUGCAGCUGGGUCAGCACCAACUGUGGGAAAGUUCACUGACUGGGCGGGAAGUGCGCGUACUGGACAUUGAAACCAGUGACGAUAGCAUGAUGGCUCUGUUGAAGCUAGAGGUGGAUGUACAGUACGACGACUACAUACAACCGAUAUGCCUGCCUGCUGAACAGCAAAACACUACCAACGAAGCACUGCGGAUCGGUACGAACGGGCUUAUUGUCGGCUAUGGGCAAACGGACCCCGACGGUAAUCCGUCUGAGCUCCUGCAGGCUACACUGAUGCCCAUCGUUGACAGCGGACUGUGUGCGAUCUAUCGCAUCUUUGACAAGCGCGAAGCGCACAAGAUGUUUUGUGCCGGACAUGGCAACGGUACUAAUGCGUGUCGCGGUGACCAAGGUGGUGGAUUCUACGAAGAGUCGCAACAGAGCAUCUGGACACUUACAGGCGUGAUCGGUAAGAUCAAUCUCUAUCGCAAGCGAUGUGAUCCGUACGGGUAUGUUGGAAUGGCUAACGUACUACACUAUCUCGAGUGGAUACUGGGGCGACUGCGAAGUGCACUGGCUGGACCAUCCGACACCUUCGAGGUAGUGCCUCCGACACCCAAGGGACACUCGAAAGGUUGUCGACGUAAGCAUCAUCAUCAUCAUCAUCACCAUCACCAUGGAUCACAAGAGCAUGGCACCGUCACCAGUAGACCUCACAGGCAAAAGGGAGGUUCCGGAGAAAGUGGGUCGAGCGAGAACAGCAACGAAAGUCGCGAACCCUCCAUUACUUCGGCCGUCAAGAACGUGAUGCAGGCGAAGGUGGAUUUGGUGAAGGACAUACACGGUGUGGCCAGUUCUAAAAUUAAGAAAAUAUUUGGUUGA